UUUACCGUUGCGAAAAUGUUUAUAAAAAUUCAAAUUUCUGUUGCUCUGUUGACCGUGCUGGGCAUGAGUCACGGGCUUAUUAGUGCUUUCAGCGAUCGCGCCCGGGACAAUGGCGAUAUAUUUAUAAUAAAUUACGAUAGCUUCGAUGGCGAUGUGGAUGACAUAUCGACCACAACUCAAGCGCCUAGAGAAGCGGGUUAUAUUGAUUUUGACGAGAUUAUGCAUGUCUGUAAUGCUAGUUUUGUUACGCCCAUGUCGAAUGUGCUGCAGUUCAAUACCACGGGCAAGCUAUUCGAUGAAAAGGAUAUGACCAGCAUGUGCUACUUUCGCUGCUUCUUCGAAAAAGCUGGCUUAAUAGAAAACUUCAAGCUGAAUCCGGAUGUGGUGCGCAAAUAUAUGUGGCCAGCAACGGGUGAUUCCAUAGAGUUUUGUGAAUCCCAGGGCAUGGAUGAACAAAAUGCUUGUGUUAGGUCCUAUGCAAUUGCACAGUGUGCUAUGAUGCGUGCUUUAACAGAUGCCAGGAACACACCCAUGGUCUAAAUUCCAAAAAUCACUUGGAAACACAUAUAUGCAAAUAUUAUUGUGUAUAUAAAUUACAAAUAGUUUAUAGUAUAUAUUAA